AAGAGAUCGACUUAAAAGAUUGAAAGCGCCAUAAACUUUAUCAGACGCAACGAAAGAACAGAAAAAAUAUAAUUGUCAACAUGUGUAAAACAAUUAAAUGGAGCACCCGUGUGUUCUGUUUGAUUGUAUACCUAGCGCUACCGCAUGUCUCAGUAACAUCAUCGAGUGAGGAUUCAAACAAAAUACCAACAAGUGCCUCUGCCAUCCCUUUUACUACAUCAUCAACUGAGGAUUCUACUGAGGUAUCAACAACUGCCUCUGCCAUCCCUUCUACUACGUCAUCAACUGAGGAUUCAACCGAAGUACCAACAACUGCCUCUGACAUCCCUUCUACUACAUCAUCGACUGAGAAUUCUACUGAGGUAUCAACAACAGCCUCUGCCAUCCCUCCUACUACAUCAUCAGCUAAGGAUUUAACCGAGGUAUCAACAACUGUCUCUGCCAUCUCUUCUACUACAUCAUCAGCUGAGGAUUUAACCGAGGUAUCAACAACUGCCUCCGCCAUCCUUUCUACUACAUCAUCAGCUGAGGAUUUAACCGAGGUAUCAACAACUGCCUCCGCCAUCCCUUCUACUACAUCAUCAUCUGAGGAUUCUACUGAAGCACCAACAACUGCCUCUGUCAUCCCUUCUGGGAGAUCAUCAACUGAGGAUUCAACCGACGUAUCUAUAACUGCCUCUGGCAUCCCUUCUACUACAUCAUCAACUGAGGAUUUUAUUGAGGUAUCAACAACCGCCUCUGCCAUCCCGUCUACUACAUCAUCGACUGAGAAUUCUACUGAGGUAUCAACAACUGCCUCUGCCAUCCCUUCUACUACAUCAUCGACUGAGAAUUCUACUGAGGUAUCAACAACUGCCUCUGCCAUCCCUUCUACUACAUCAUCAAGUGAGAAUUCUACUGAAACACCAACAAAUGCCUCUGCCAUCCCUUCUACUACAUCAUCAAGUGAGGAUUCUACUGAAGCACCAACAAAUGCCUCUGCCAUCCCUUCUACUACAUCAUCAAGUGAGGGUUCUACUGAGGUAUCAACUUCUGCCUCUGCCAUCCCUUCUGGAACAUCAUCAACAGAGGAUUCAACCAAAGUCCCAACAACAGCCUCUGUCAUCCAUUCUACUACAUCAUCGACUGAGAAUUCUACUGAGGUAUCAACAACGGCCUCUGCAAUCCCUUCUGCAACAUCAUCAACUGAGGAUUCAACCAAAGUCCCAACAAAAGCCUCUGCCAUCCCUUCUACUACAUCAUCGACUGAGGAUUCUACUGAGGUAUCAACUUCUGCCUCUGCCAUCCCUUCUGGAACAUCAUCAACAGAGGAUUCAACCAAAGUCCCAACAACAGCCUCUGUCAUCCAUUCUACUACAUCAUCGACUGAGAAUUCUACUGAGGUAUCAACAACUGCCUCUGCCAUCCCU